AAACAAUCAAUAGAACAGUUAAUCAUUUCACAUCCAGUUCAUGGUGGGAAAGCGAACAACCACCUUCCAGCUGCUGUAGGACUAGUAGAGACACUGUGUACUAAAUUCAGUCAGAAACAAUUAGUCACAACUGUUUCACGAAAGAGAAAAUUGUGUGCAACUGUUUUCCCUCAAAUCUAUAACACUAAGGGAAAAGACUUUGAAAAGUCACAAGAAAAUGUGUUGCGUAGCAUUGCAACAUAUUUUUGUAAGGGAGUGAUGGGUAAAGCUAAGUACAGGUCUGUCUAUCAAUCCGUCUCUAUGAAAAAGGGAGUUAAGAAAGGGUUUAAACGUUACAGAUUGAAAGUAAUGGGUUGUAAAAUUCCAUCCCUGCUCCCAUACAUCAAACUGAUGGAGCAUGUAAAAACCAUCGACCUUGGCAAAAUAGGUAAUGUAGGAGAAGUGUUUUGUGCAGAUCUUAAAGAGGAAGAAAAAGUGAAUGGCUGUUUCAGAUACUUACCAGAUUUCCUGCCAUCACUUGCCUCUUUUUACUUAACUUUAGAGCAACAAACAGAGGAGAGGUUGUUGUGGUUUAACACACCUAACACAUUUCAGGUUGUUCUUGGGGGAGAUGGUGCCCGUUUUGGGAAAGAUGAUACAGUCACUGCUUGGAAUGUUAGUUUUCUCAAUAGGGGACAACAUAUCUUAAGCAGUAGUGAGAACUUCCUCAUUUUUGGAGCUAACUGCUCUGAAAGUUCUGUUCCCGUACAAAGGUAUGUGAAGCACCUCUUACAAGAGAUGACCACUAUCGAAAACAAAAGCUACAGUAUUAAUGGGAAAGACAUCAAAUUUAAGUUGGUAGAGUUUCCUAAUGAUCUCAAAAUGCUGGCAUUCCUUGCUGGAGAACUAUCUUUAAGUGCCAGAUAUUUCUCAACCUUUGGCAAUGUGAGCACUGCUGACUGCAGUCAUGUAAAAGGGACUUUUGGAGCUGGUCCUGGCAAUAAAUGGAAGCCAUGGGUCUACGACAAAAGGGUGGCUGUUGCAACGGAGGUUGAAAAGGUAAAGAAGCAGGUCAGUAAACAGAAAGUUUCAGAGAAAACAAAGCGAAAAAAAGUAACUGACUUUAUUGCCUCGAAAGGCAGUAGACAAGAAUUUGAACCAUUGGUUGGAAAGUUUAUUGAUAGAACACAUGUCGAACCAUUACAUCCAAAAAACAAUUCUUGUCAGCAAUUAUUUACCCUGAUCCUAUAUGAAAGCAUUGGAAAGUCAGCACUUGCAUCAAGCAUCUCAGACUUUGAUGCUGUGCCUUGUACAUCCCCAUUUUAUAAAUUGGUCAACUGCCUUCAAAAAAAGGUCAAAAUGGGUCGUCUUGCUAAGAAAGUGAUUAGGUGGUUUAAUGAAAACAAAGAUCUUGCCCGGUUUCAAUACAGAUUCACUGGUCAAGAUUCUCAUUUGUUCCUACAGAAUUUCAUGUUUACAAUUGAUUCUAUCAAGCAAGCACAUGAUUCAGAGAAGCAAACCUUUUCUCUCCAUGUAUUUGCCUACAUGUCACUGCAAUCGAGGCAAAUUGUCUCCCUGUUUUGUAGAGUUGUCAAUGUUUCUCAGGAAAACAUUGCAGAGCUUAAACAGUGCUGCAGCAGCUUAUUUGGCACAGUGACCCCAACAACCUGGACUGUGGGACAUAUCAUUCCUGCCCAUGCAUCUGAUGUUUGUCAGAAAUACAACUUGGGCUUAAAUGCAGUGUCUAUGGAGGGCCGAGAAGCCAAGCAUAUGGCAAUUCGAAGGUAUAGCCAGAAUACCAAUCAUCAUGCAAGAUGGAUGCAGAUUUUUCAGCACGAAUUUGUUCACCUUAUCUGGCUGAGAGAAAGGGGCUAUGGGGGAGAAGAUAUUUCUAGAUCUAAGCAAACCUAUAUACCACUAAGGGUAACAAAUGGACAAGCCUGUUUUUGUGGCUUUGACAAAGGGCCUGAAGAAGACAAGUGCUGUUAUUGUUCACAUAACUACAGAGCCCAAAUUGAGAAGAGUGUUCAACUAGGGAAGAUCACUGUAGACAAGAAUCUCUGUUCUGUAUAG